AUGCCCAAGUACCGCGCGACAGUCCGCGACCACCCCGACUGGCGUGAGGGCGACUUUACUCUGAUCUCGGCCGACGGGUGGCGCUUCAAGGUGUUGUCGGCGUAUGUCAUGUCGUCCAGCUCCGUGCUCCGCGACGCACUCUCCUACGGCCCCCGGCAGAAGGUCCGCUUCACCGAGCCGGGGGAGGGCAAGGCCGUCAUCGCACGCUGGCUCCAGCUCCUCGUUCACGUCACCAUCGGCGGGCGGCGCGGCCACUUCCGGCACCCCUCGCACGCAGCAGCAACCUACAUCGACAUCGGGACGUACAUCGCGCUCGUCCGCUUCCUGCGCAAAUGGGGGUGCGAGCAGACCCUGGCCCACCUCUGCCUGCUCUUCACGCAAGCGCUCGUGAACCAGGAUAUAAGCCGCGCCGAUGCCUUCACACUCGGUGCGGCAGCGGACAAUGUUCUGCUCUGCGUCAACGCAAUGCGUCUGGGAAAUACGGCGCUGUAUCCUGCCCCGUCACCGCCCCCGCGCACGUCGGUCCACUCGCACCGCUCCAGCUGGAGUUUCUUCGGCUCGCGCUCAAACCUGGCCUCGCCGCAAUCGCUCUCUGCCAGCUCGCACGCAUCCUCCUACGGCAUGGCAAAGGAGAAACUUGGGCCCCUGCGCGUCGAGGAUCUCAAGCUGGAGCACUGGCGCGCCAUUCCGCCCGAGUACAUCUUUGCGCUUGGGCGGGCGAUGCGCGACGACGAUCUCGAGGAUCCCGCCAGGAGAGGGGAGCACCUUGAGACGGAUUUCAAGAAGCUGCUCUCCUGCGCGACGGCGUUCUUUGGUCGUCCUGAUCCGGCACUGGAUAGGUUGACGGGGGAGCCGGUGUUUCUGUCCAGCGAGGAGGCGGAGGAACUCGAUUGUGCUGAGUUUCAGAGAGUCGUCAUGGGUCGGAACACGAAGAGGGCGUCGUUCCCGUAG